CCCAUAUCAUGGCUGACAUGAAGGAGAAAGCAUUCAUAUGCCUGGAAUGUGGGAAGAGUUUCACUCAGAGGGGUGAUCUGAAGCGACAUCAAAGGACUCACACGGGGGAAAAACCCUAUACAUGCCUUGAGUGUGGAAAGAGCUUUGCUCGGAGUGGUAAUCUACGUUUACAUCAAAGGACUCACACGGGGGAGAAACCCUAUACAUGUCUGAAGUGUGGAAAGAGCUUUGCUCGGAGUGGACAUCUACAUAAACACCAAGGGAUUCACACUGGGGAGAAACCAUAUACAUGCCUGGAGUGUGGGCAGAGCUUUACUACGAGUGGAAAUCUACUUUCACAUCAAAGGAUUCACAGGAGGGAGAAACCCUAUACAUGCCUGAAGUGUGGGCAGAGCUUUACUACGAGUGGAAAUCUACGUUCACAUCAAAGGAUUCACACUGGGGAGAAACCCUAUACAUGCCUGGUGUGUGGAAAGAGGUUCACUGAGAGUGGAAAUCUACGUUCACAUCAAAGGAUUCACACUGGGGAAAAACCCUAUACAUGCCUGGAGUGUGGAAAGAGGUUCACUGAGAGUACAGGUCUACGUAGACAUCAAAGGAUUCACACUGGGGAGAAACCCUAUACAUGCCUGGAGUGUGGGCAGAGCUUCUCUGGGAGUACAGGUCUACGUUCACAUCAAAGGAUUCACACUGGGGAGAAACCCUAUACAUGCCUGGAGUGUGGGCAGAGCUUCACUAAAAGUGGAAAUCUACAUAGACACAAAAGGAUUCACACUGGGGACAAACCCUAUACAUGCCUGGAGUGUGGAAAGAGCUUUGUUCGAAGUUCAGAUCUAAGUUCACAUCAAAGGAUUCACACUGGGGAGAAACCCUAUACAUGCCUGGAGUGUGGAAAGAGCUUUGCUCACAGUUCAGUUCUACAUAAACACCAAAGCAUUCACACUGGGGAGAAACCCUAUAAAUGCCUGGAGUGUGGAAAGAGCUUUACUAGGAGUGGAAGUCUACGUUCCCAUCAAAGGAUUCACAUUGGGGAGAAACCCUAUAGAUGUCUGGAGUGUGAGAAGAGCUUCACUGAGAGUGGAAGUCUACGUUCACAUCAAAGGAUUCACGCUGGGGAGAAACCCUAUACAUGCCUGGAGUGUAGAAAGAGCUUCACUCACAGUGGUAGUCUACGUUUACAUCAAAGGAUUCACACUGAGGAGAAACCCUAUAUAUGCCUGGAGUGUGGGCAGAGCUUCUCUACGAGUGGAAAACUACGUUUACAUCAAAGGAGUCACACUGGGGAAAAACCUUAUACAUGCCUGGAGUGUGGGCAGAGCUUUACUAAGAGUGGACAUCUACGUUCACAUCAAAGGAUUCACACUGGAGAGAAACCCUAUAAAUGCCUGGAGUGUGGAAAGAGCUUUGCUCAGAGUUCAAAUCUAGAUUCACAUCAAAGGACUCACUCUGGAGAGAAACCCUAUAAAUGCCUGGAGUGUGGAAAGAGCUUCACUCAGAGUUCAAAUCUACGUUCACAUCAAAGGACUCACUGGGCAGAAACCCUGUAAACACAUCAUGUGUGGGAAAAGCUUUUCUGAGAGUAGAAAUCUACAUAGACAUAGAAUCCACACUGGAGAGAACAGUGGUGUUUGACACCAAAGAGAGUUUCCCAGAUAGAGCUUUCCAGACUUUUCAUGUUGGUGAAACACUUUUUAGACAUGCAUCCUUUUGUGACACAGUAAUUUAGUGUAACAACUAAACCAGAGUUUAAACAACCUCAUAUAAGAUAUUCAAUAUAAUACUAUAUUACAUAAUAUUAGCUGUAUAGAGAGCUCUGGCGUGGGCUGGUCCAUGAGGUCACGAAGAGUCGGAGACGACUGAACGAAUGAACA